AUGAUGCGGCGUCUGGGUCUUACCAUCGCUUCGGUCUCCUGGAUCCAUGCGGCUUUGGUAACAUCACAGACCGUGACCUGCACCAACGACGUGACUAAUUUUGUCACCAAUCCGGAUUUUAAUUCGGGUCUCACUGGAUGGUCUAGUUAUGGAACCAAUUGGGCAGCGGUGUCGGCGAGUUCAUCAUUUGAUGGACUGGCAUAUGCUGAGAAUGUGAUCACCUCUGGGAAUUCUUUCUAUCUCUAUCAGACAGUGUCGGGAUACGACAUUGGAGAGAAAUACACCGUUUCUAUGGAUGCUCGACUGGCUGUUGGAUCCGGUGCUACGGCUACUCAGUGCAUUUUUCAGAUUCUUAUCCACAUGAAUGGAGGCUCGUAUCCUGUGCAGCAGUCCUUAAUUUCGAUCACCUCAUCGUCCAGCUCUUGGCAGACUAUCUCAGGAACAUUCACACCGACUUACUCGUCCCUGACCCUCUAUGCCCUUGCAUAUUGCCAGUACGGGACAAAUACGAACGCGCAAGGUCAAUUCAGAGAUGUUCAAUUUGGGCAAACGACUUCGGUCUGCACCACAUCCACACCAACAUCUACACCAUUGUCCACUCCAUCGUUCACUCCAUCAUCUACACCAUCGUCCACUCCAUCAUCUACACCAUCGUCCACUCCAUCGUUCACUCCAUCAUCCACUCCAUCAUCCACACCAUCAUUCACUCCAACAUCGACGCCAGUCACAUCAACGCCAGUGAUGUCAAAGCCAAUUUCAUCAGCAUCGAUUACAUCCGCCCCUGAUGUAGUGACAAGUACCAGUGUCUCUUGUACCACCGCCAUAAAUAACGCGCUCACCAAUCCUUCCUUCGAAAGCGGCAGCCUUAGUCCAUGGGUACUUCUCGAGGGCAGCGGCACAGUGGUCGCCGACGAAACUGACGAUGGUGACUACGUACUGCAAGCUGGCGGGACACCUCAAUAUUUCCAGGUGUUCAGCCAGUCCAUGACCGGCCUACAAGUGGGAUACGCCUACACAGCUGCCUAUGAUUAUAUGAUAAGCGCGGUGGCAGUGCACGGCGCCACCGCUACUUGUACUUUCUACCUCAAGAUGGAUUCGUCUACGGGAACCAUUGUUGCGAUGGAGCCUGCCGUGUACUCAAGCAAUCCUGCAUGGGCGACGCUUACUGGCACGUUCACAGCCACAAGCACGGAGCACAGCAUGUAUAUCUACAGUUAUUGCGCGCUCGGCGUUGUCUACCGCCAGACUGUCAAGUUCGAUAACGUCAAGUUCAUCGGGCCGCCGGUGGAGACUUGCUCGACCACAACCAUCACUUCGACGGUGACCCCGACAGUCGCUGCUUCAUCAACUAUCCCACCCUCAUCCUCUACCCCAUCCUCAAAAGCUUACCCAUCUUCAUCGGCUACCCCAUCUUCAAAGGCUACCCCAUCUUCAAAGGCUACCCCAUCUUCAUCGGCUACCCCAUCUUCAUCGGCUACCCCAUCUUCAAAGGCUACCCCAUCUUCAAAGGCUACCCCAUCCUCAUCGGCUACCCCAUCUUCAAAGGCUAUCCAAAGCUCCAGCGCCAUAGUAUCAUCGUUGCCUACCAUAGCACCGUCUAGCCGAUUGCCAUCGACAUCAAGUUCUGCCGCCUUGGGUCACUCUUCCUCGACCGUCGGACCGAGCAGCCUCCCAGGCUCAGGGUCUCCGAGCCCGACGGCGACUCCUCCAAAUCUGUCCAGCUCAUUCCCAAUCCGAUCAACAUCAUUAAAGCCGUCUUCAAGUCCGGGCUCUCCCACAUUCACUCCUUCUGGCAACCCGUCAAAUACCGCCUCGUCCUCCCACCUAGCAGUUGUUUCUCCCACAUUAGUUGCCACUCAGACUACGUCUUCUCACGGACAUCCCUCUUUGACGACCUCAACUGUCCUUAGCACACGCACUGCCACAAUCACUGCUUGCCCAUCUGGUGUCACUAAGUGCCCUGUCGCUUCUCAGAGUACCUAUGUAACCACAGAGACGAUCGUGGUAUCAACUACCGUUUGCCCCAUUACCGCUGCAGAGACUACUGCGUCCCCAACCAUUGAUACGACAGUGGAUAUUUCACCAGCUACGUCUUCCCACGGACAUCCCUCUUUGACGACCUCAACUGUCCUUAGCACACGCACUGCCACAAUCACUGCUUGCCCAUCUGGUGUCACUAAGUGCCCUGUCGCUUCUCAGAGUACCUAUGUAACCACAGAGACGAUCGUGGUGUCAACUACCGUUUGCCCUAUUACCGCUGCAGAGGCUACUGCGUCUCCAACCAUUGAUACGACAGUGGACAUUCAACCGGCUACUGUUUCUAGCGAAAUUGUCCCAACACUCUCAGAGGAAUCGGCCCCGGAGACCGUACUGGUGACCACCACAAGAACAAUCACAGCAUGCCCAUCCACUGUGACAGAUUGUCCUGCAUCGCAGAAGAGUACUUACACAACUACUGAGACUUUGGUUGCUACCGUAACCGUUGGUCCUUCGUCCAACACCCCGGGUCUCCUCCCUAGUACCUCAAAGACAACUGUUGCAUCCUCCUCCAGCGACACGGCAGCUAUCUCACCCGUGGAAAGUUCAAGCGCAGGCACGAUGGGAUCGCAGACUUUCACUUCAGCUGAGAUCAUUUCCCACUCCACUACAACUCAGACCUCACAAAGACAAUCUGGCUCUGCUGCCAAUUCUUCGAAGUAUCCCUACUCUACUCCUGCUGCAUCGGCAGAAAGCUCUUCACACUCCUUCCUUACAUCGACUUCCUCUUCAGCUGCUCCCGAGGUUAGCAACCCCGUUUACGGCAAUAGUGCUACUACCGUUUCCUCUGUCUCCCAAAUACCUGGCACGACUACUACUCCUGCAGGCUCUGUCUACACAGGAUCUUCAUCUGCCAUUCGUUCAGAGUGGACCAAGAUUGUCGGCGCUCUUUUCCUUGUCUUGUUUGUUUAG